AACCGCGAGUCACAAAAACAAAUCUUUCCUAGAUCCCAGCUGAGAAACAAACGGCAACAAUUCGGGGAAACAAAAGUCAACCGGGUCACAUGGGUAAAUAACAAUUACCAGCGAAAGUCAAUCAAUUAAACAGAGAAUCAGUAAAAAAAUCGGGGGAAAUUGAACUGAAUCGACUGGGUAAAAAAUUGGGGGGAAGAAAAGGAAAUGUGUAUAUACCUGGAAGGUUUUGGAAGCAUCAGGAUAGGCAAGGAGAGUGUCGGCGAAGACCUUACAUCCGCUCGCCGACAUAAUGCCGGUCAAAUUCAUGGCGGCGGGGGAAGGAGUGGGCGCGGCGGCGACGGCGGAGGGGAGGAUCUUGCUGAUCUGGAUGACGGAGAUGUUGUAGGGCAGCUCCUCGACCCCCUUGACGAAGAAGGCGUCGAGGGAGCCGCCGUUGUCCUCGGGUCCGAGGGCGACCUUGCCGCCGCGGAUGUCGGUGAUGUUGACGAAUCCGGAGGAGCCGGGGGCGGAUCCGGUGGCCUGGAAGAGGGUGGCGGCGAGGGCGGUGCCGUUGGAGAUCUGGUGGAGCUUCUUGGGGCCGAAGUAGUCGAGGAGGACGUGGAGGGAGAGGAUGUUCUUGACGGUGGAGAUGGAGGGGCGGGAGGCGAGGAGGGAGUCCAUGGCGGCGUUGUCGACGGCGCAGACGGUGAUGGUGAUGCGGCGGUUGAUCUCGUCGGCGAGCUGGGUGAGGGUGAGGUAGUGGUUGAAGGUGGAGAACUCCGGGUGGCUGGCGAGGAGCUUGGUGAUGUUGUGGGCGGUGGCGGUGGAGGGGAAGAGGAGGAGGAGCGGAGCUAGGAGGAGGAGGGACGCCGCCGACGGCCGCAUUGUGGCGGAGGAAGAGGAGAGAGAGAGUGAAGAGAGUAGCAGUGGUGGUGAUGGUAAUGAAGAGAGGAAAGAGACAAGUGCUGUAUAGGCGAAUUUUAUAUUUUGGGGCAGCCGGGCAGGGGUGUUUCGGGUAAUUCGCAAGACGCGCUAAAACAAACCAAUAAUACAUAGUACACUUUGUAAUUUUCUUUAUUUCAAAUUUUCUGUUACGAGAGUGAAAAUAGGAAUGAUAUUUUUGUCUUUACAAUUAAUUAUUUAUCUCACAUUAAAAAUAUUAACAUUAGAGUUUGAACUCGGGUCUCUUCAAACAAAGACAAUAAUCAGAACCAUUUACACUGAACAAAUUUGUUGUGUCAUUUUGAAUACAAAAU